AGGGAGGGAGAGCACUUCCCAAGGAUCUUUCUAGCAUUGGGGUUUCUGCACAAGAGUGUAAGAGGCGUAGCUGGGGGAGGGUGAAAGAACUGAUGUGUUGCAGCAAGGACAGCUGUAGUUCUCUAGACACAAUCAGGAUAUGACAUCACCUAGGGGGAGGCAAAAAGAAAAAAGAAAAAAAGAAAGCAGAGUGUAUUUAAUGAAAAGCCCAACAAGGAUUUCGUAAAUGAAAAUACUAAGUGUCUGAGCUCUGAACACACCAGUAAUUUUACAAGAAUUUCAGGAAUUUCUUUUGGACAUUUCUGGAAUAACGUACAGGAGGAGGACAUUUUCUUUGGAUCAUCUGUGGAGUCGUGGGAAGCAUAACAGGCCCACACUGUCGCAGUGGUUAGAGUGUAGUACUGCAGGCUACUUCUGCUGAAUGCUGGCUGCAUGCAAUUUGGCAGUUCAAAUCUCACCAGGCUGAAGGUUGACUCAGCCUUCCAUCCUUCCGAGGUUAGACCAGUGUUGCCUACCAUUUUCUCCACAUUGAUGAAAACCAGGAAAGAAGUAAGAAAAAAGUUCCGUUGCCUGUUAAAUAUAUGCACGGAUACUACACUUCACUUUAAAUGUUGCUGAUGUUUGUUCCCUCUGCUGGACAGUUAAGUUAAUAAGAAGAACUCUUAAAAAGAUUGAAGAAGAAUUGGCUAUUAAAACUCUAUAUAUUUAUUUUUCAAAAAUUACUUUUUUUUCUACCUGAAAGUUUUUCCUUUGAAAUAUAUCACUGCCACCCUGGCUAAUCCUAAAUCAGAAUGGCUCUGUGCCUUAAGCAAGUUUUUAACAAAGACAAAACAUUUCGCCCUCGUAAGAAAUUUGAGCCGGGCACACAACGGUUUGAGCUGUACAAGAAAGCCCAGGCUUCCCUCAAAUCAGGACUAGACUUAAAGACAGUGGUCCAGUUGCCCCCAGGAGAGAACAUCAAUGACUGGAUUGCAGUGCACCUCGUGGACUUCUUCAACAGGAUAAAUCUCAUUUAUGGGACCAUAUCUGAGUUUUGCACUGAGAAGAGCUGCCCUAUUAUGUCUGGUGGUCUGAAGUAUGAAUAUCGAUGGCAGGAUGAUUAUCGAUUCAAGAGACCUACCAAGCUUUCAGCACCUCAUUACAUGUGCAUGCUGAUGGACUGGAUUGAGACACUAAUUAAUAAUGAGAACAUCUUUCCUACUAGAAUAGGUGUACCUUUCCCUAAGAAUUUCCAGCAGGUCUGCACAAAGAUUCUCACACGCCUCUUCAGGGUUUUCGUCCAUGUUUAUAUCCACCACUUUGACAGCAUCAUCGGUAUUGGUGCUGAAGCUCAUGUCAACACUUGCUACAAACACUUUUACUACUUCAUCAAUGAAUUCAGUUUGGUUGAUCAAAGGGAAUUAGAACCACUGAAGGAAAUGACGGAAAGGAUUUGCCAUUAAAGAUAACUUAGACAAGGUUGCAAGAUCAACAUUUAUAUGGACAAGGUGUUCUGAUGAUGCUCCAAUGGACAAAUCCCUAUGAAUCUGAGGAACUUUCAGUCUCUGAGUAAGCUUCCAAUACAAUUUAAAUUAAUUUCUAUGGACUUCAGUAAUUUUAUUUUCCUUUCUUUCACUUGUGAUUCUUGCCACCUGUAUUGUUUUAUUUUGCAUUCAUCUUCUGGAAGCUGCAGAUAACCCAUCUACAAUGGCUGGAAAACGAGGAGAAUAUUCCAAGUGGAAGAAUGUCACCAUCCUGCAUUACCUGUCAAAGAACAAAAGAUUUUUCUGUAAUUCUAUCUUGUAUUUCAAGGAAGCAUGGACGAUCCUUCAAAAAUGUGAAUAAAUCUUUCUAAUAAAUAACUAAAAAUAGUUUAAUUUAGAAAGGCAGAGAUACUGCCCAACGGGAUGCAAGUGUGAUGGAUGGUAGAGAAAUGUGAUAGAUAAAUAAAUAAAUAAUAAAAUAUUUUGAAAAAUA